AAACCCUCAGCGAGCCAAAGGAGGGAAACCAAAACGGGGGGAGAAACGAUAUAUUUUUUCCUCUCCCUCCUGUCAAAAGCUAGGGCAGAAGAAGCGAGCUACGGGAUCUCUCGUUAAUGGCGAUUCCGACGGAUUCCGCUGUUGCUUUCGUUCCGAGGUGUUGAUUUGGGGAGGAUUCCUGUGUUGUCAUGGGUGAUUGAAAGGUUGAUUCAUCGGGUUUGUGGUAUCUCAGUUAGUUAUUGCCCCGUUUAGGUUUUGAGGUACUUGUAUUGAUUUAAAAUGGCAGAAAAAGAGAAGGAUACAGAGGUUAUAGAGGCCUCAGCUAAUGGAGAUGUCCCUGUGAAAGAAGAGAGUGAUGACAAGGCUUCAAAAAAGGAGGAGCACGAAGUAAUAGAAGAGGUGGAAGGGGAAAAGGGUAAGGGAAAAGAGGAGGAUGUGAAAAUGGAGGAAGCAGAAGCAGCAAAGGAAGGAGAUGAAAGUACUGAGAAUGGAAAGGAGGCAGAGGAGGCAAAAGAAGAUGAAAGUGCUGAAAAUAGGAAGGAGGCAGAGGAGGAGAAAGAUGAUGAAAGUGCUGAUACUAGAAAGGAGGUAGAAGAGGAGAAAGAUGAUGAAAGUGCUGAUGCUAGAAAGGAGGCAGAGGAGAAGAACGAAGAGGCGGGUACUGAGAAUGGGGAGAAUGUAGAGGAGACUGCUAAAGUUGAAUUGAAGGAUGAGGAGAGCAAGGAGAAGAAAGAAACCAAGAAAAGGGGCCGUGGUGCUGGGAAGGCCAAAGAGAAUAAAGACAAAGAUAAAGAUGAUGGUCAGGGUAAGGUAAAAGAUAAAGACAAGGAUAAGGAUGUAAAGGUCAAGAGGAGUAGGAAAAGGAAAGAGCCCAGCACACCUGCUGCAUCAGCCACCAUAGAUCGCCCAACAAGAGAAAGAAAAUCUGUUGAGCGGUUUGUAAUUUCUAGUGAGAGGGAUCUCGCCAAAGAGUUCUUCAUUGAAAAGGGCCGUGGAACUCCGCUCAAAGACAUACCAAAUGUUGCAUACAAAUUGUCGAAAAGAAAAUCUGAUGAUACAUUGAAGAUGUUGCAUGCUAUCAUUUAUGGGAGAAGAGGGAAGAGUCCGCACAUUAAAAGUAAUAUUUCUCAGUUUUCCGGCUUUGUUUGGGGUGGAAAUGAGGAAAAACAAAGGAGCAAAAUAAGAGAGAAGCUUGACAAGUGUGUCAAGACCAAGUUGCAAGAUUUCUGUGAACUACUCGAUGUGCCUUUCGCCAGGGCUACAGAUAAAAAGGAAGAAAUUGUUGAUAAACUGUUGGAAUUUUUGGAGUCGCCCCAUACUACAAGGGAUGUUUUGCUUUCGGAAAAGGAGCAGUCAAGCAAAAGCAAGAAGCGUAAAAGGGUUGUUAGAAGAUCUUCUGGAAAGUCUACUGGUUCUUCGGUGAAGGGCUCAUCAAAGAGGCGGAGGAAGAGUGAGAGCACCCCAAGAGGUAGACGAAAGAAGAAUGCCGCAGAAGAAGUUGAUGAAGAGGAGCAUGAUGACGAUGAGGAAGAGGAACAGGAGCAAGAGGAGGAAGAGGAAGUGGAAAAAGAAGAAGAGGAAGAAGAACAAGAAGGAGAGGAAGCGGAGUCCCCUGUGGCUGAUGAAGGUACUGAUGCUGAUAAAUCAGAUGAGAGUGAUGACGAGCCAGAGGAGAAGUCAGAGGAUGAGGAUGUGAAGAAGAGUAGGACCUCUAAGAAAUCCAUGAAAAAGAGGCAACCAAGGAAGGUUGUCACGAAGAAAGCUGAAACUCCUAAUAAAACCACUCCAAAAUCCACCAGGAAUCCUUCUAAAUCCCCUUCAAAGCGUGUGAAGGCAGAAGAGAAACCCGACUCUAGUGCAAAGGUUUUCUCAAGGAAGAAGAAGAUUGAUGAAAAAAAGAAAGAAAAAGCAUCUUCAUCUGAAAAGUCUACUCCUAAAGGAAGAGCUGGUAAGAAGGCUUCUAAAGCAAAAGAUGAACCUCGCAAGAAGGAAAAAGCUGGUCCCACUGAAGAGGAGCUGAGAAAAGCGAUAUGUGACAUUUUGAAGGAAGUUGAUUUCAACACUGCUACUUUUACGGACAUUCUCAAGCAAUUAGCUUCUCAUUUUAAGAUGGACCUAAUGCCACGGAAAGCAGAGGUAAAAGGUAUGAUUCAGGAGGAGCUAACCAAGCUAGCGGACGAAGCUGAUGAAGAUGAAGAGGACGGCGACGGGGAGAAGGAAGAUGACAAUGAUGAGCAGGAAGGUGAAGAAGGUGCUUGAUGCGGCCCAGUUAAUUGUCGCCAAGGUGUUGUAGAGGCACAAGACACUUCUUUCACAGCUUAGUAUUAAGCUUAUAUCUAACGGCGCUAACAGCAAGUAGUUGCUGUCAAAUUGUCUGUUCACCUGUUAUAUUAUCUCCCUUUCAGAAUCCGGUGAUCAGUUCUAGGACUAUUUAGAUGGAGUUGAUUGGGGAUACCGGUCAUCUAAAUGUUGACGUCAUGUAUAAAUAGCAUUGUAUGAUGCAUUUUCUGUUUUUCUUUUUUUUCUUUUUCUUAAAUAUUUAACUGAUUCUUCGUUAUUCGGUGCUGUUUAGUGCCUCGGGCUUUCUGAAUGUGAUGUUUGGUCUUGUUGUA